CAGUUUUGGCUAAAAAAAUUGUUUCAUUAUCUUUGGGUUUGAUGUACGGUUCUGGAAAAAUUUCCCAGCUUUUUUCAAUCCAUUAAUACCAUGAGUACAAGCAAGCAUUAGUUAUAAUCCUCACCAUUGAUCAUGCUACUCUUUUGUACGUAUGAUUGUAUGAAUACUACUGUGAUUGAUGGUGAGACUCAGUUUUGUGUCAAAUAUAUCUUUCUUGUUUUUAGCCUAUUGUAGAAUGAAUCAAACAAAUACUCAAGUUGUUGGAGACUCAACACAAACUGACAAGGCACAAUGGGAUGCCGCAUUGACAACAAUUUUUGUUGACAUAUGUGUCGAACGUCAAAAAGCUGGCGAUAGGCCAAACACUCAUUUUUCUAAAGAGGGUUGGAAAAAGAUCAUCAUAGCAUUUAAAGGAAAAACUGGUAGGUCUUAUGAUCAAACACAACUUAAAAACAAAUGGGAUAAUCUGAAGAAAGAGUGGCGAUUACGGGAGAAGCUGGUGUUCAAUGAGACAGGGCUUGGAUGGGAUGAUCAACGUCAGACUGUGCUAGCUGAUAAUGAAUGGUGGGAGAGGAAAAUCAAGGAGGAUAGGAAGUGCGCUAAAUUCCGUAACCAGGGAAUCGCGGACAAGGAGGGUUUACAGUUCCUAUUUAGAGGUCAAGCUGCUACUGGAGAGCAUGCAUUCAAUCCUGCUGCCAAUGUUUUACCUGAAAUAGUGGUAGAAGAUAAUCAAGUCAUCGAUGAAGGUGAGAGGGGAAUUGAAGAUCUUUUGAUUUCCCAGGAUGAUGAUUCAAUUGAUCCGGAUUACGAUGCAAAUGAUGAUGUGGCUGCCGAUGUCCAGAGCUCACCUACUCCACCAGCUCGUGGUAGCAGGAGGUCUACCACUCCAGGGAAUCACGCUAGACGCAAGAGAAAGGCUAGUGAUGUGCGAGAUGAGAUCAAUGCCUCAUUAGGUCAGCUUGUGACUGCAGUACAGAGUCGCACUUCAAUUGCGACUUCUGUCUACAAUAAUGGGGACAUUGAUAAUGUUAUGCUUAUGCUUGAAGAGUUUCCAGAGACAUCAAAUGGGGGACCUCUACUAAGGUUUGCACUCAAGUUAUUUGAGAAGAAGGAAAAGCGGGAUUGGUUCUUGGGGAUAGGAAGGAAGAAGUGACAGCUGGAGUGGUUGCAAUCAAAGUUUGACGAGGCUAAUGGUGGGGGAAAUUCGGGGUCCAUUUAGCACUGCAUGCUGAAGAUGCUCAGGCAUCUAAUGUUUGUCUCUAAUGUUACUAUAUAUAUGUCAAGACUUUAUCAUCGUUUUAGUUAAUGUAUUUGUUGGAUUAGUGAUGCUACUGUGCAAUCAAUGGUAUUUUCAUUCACAGAUUA